AGCAAGAAUGGCACCGCCUGGGCUGGAGGCUGCGUGCCCCUUUCAAGGAGGCCACCAGAUUCAGCCAAGCGAGGCCACCUGGGAUUCCUACGCGACCACAAUGAGGACUGCAUUCACGCCCAAGACGGGAGCGGUGCCUGCUUUAAUUCGGUAGAUCCCGAUUUGUGUCAGGUUGAUGGACUCACCUUCGUCUGUUCACCUGUGUUCUAUUAUUCGGAGUCCCAAAGCAACAGAAAGCAGUCAUCAGAGAAGGUUUAGAAAAGGGCACUCAGGUAGAACCUGUUGCGUGCACAGUGCUCCUCCAAGCACCAGACAGGCUUUCCCCCCUUCGGACCGUAUCCAGACCUCCUAUAGGAAAACUAAGGAAAGAGACACAUGGAUCCUUCAUAAAGUCACUGCGGGUCAGGGCAAUAGAGCCAGUGUGUAGGUUAACAGAAUCGUGCUACUCAAAAACAUGGAGCAGGCAUUGCAUUCAUUACCUGGUAUGUAGUAGGCAAUGACGAUUCAGUAAGUGGAUGAAUGAAGAAUCGUUAGCACUUGAUCAUCCAUUGGAAGCUGGAAGGCCAUGACCCACUCACCCUUCCCUUCACUCCUCCACUCACUGCUUCCUAAGUGGCCUUUCAGCGUCUCCCAUUUCCACCUGAAUUGUGCGGGGUGGGAAUUUCUGUCCGUCGGCUGCCUCUUUAAACUCAUUGGUGGGUGAGUGAGAGCGGGAUCGGGAAAGCCUCGUUACCGUCCAUUGCAUCCCGGGUGGGUGGGAAACCAGCAUGGAGACGCUUCACCGGCCUGUGUUUACUCUGUGAAUUGUUUCCAAUAAAGAGGAUCCUGGCACCUUACAAGUUCACGUUGCUGAGAAGUCACAGGGAUCGUGGGCAAGACCACGGCUGAGGAGUCAGGCAGAAACGGGCUCUGACCUCCGCUCUUUGCUCUACCCCUUCUUAUCUCUGCUACCUUCGGCAGGUGACAAGCUGUGGCUCAGCUUUAUGGUCGGCAAAGUAGGAAUAAUGAUUCCUGCCUCAGGUGGUGGUUCUGAUGACAGAAGAAAACACUAGUACGGUGACCAGCAUGGAGAAUCGAAAGGGUAUCAGAAGACUAGGAUAUACCUAUUCACUUAGUGACCCUAUUCCCAAUCAGACACAGUACAACGAUGAGUAUGUUUGGAAAUCAUGUUCUAAAGAAGACUGGAUCAAAACCGGGACUUCAAGAGGAGUCAGGAGCCAAAUACCUCGCCCCAGUCAAGAUUUCUUUCUCUGGACGUUGCCUCAGGGCCAAUCAACAGCAUCAAUAAAGAGCCACCUCCCUUGGAAAAUCGCUGCUACAAAGGAAGAGGUUAGGAAGGUGAUAGCAAAUCAGUUUAUUUCUAGUACUAGAAGAGACUUUGUGGACACAGCAAAAGCUCAGGAGAUUCAGGAAAGUUCUCAGAUGUCGCUGGGACAGAAAAAGUUACUUCCUCGACCUGCGGACACUGAGUUUCGACGGAAUUACCAAGUUCCAGCUAAAAUUCCUGAGCUUCAGAACGUUAGCCUCAGAUAUGGAUGCUACUCAAGCCUCCCAGUGGCUUCUCAGGGUCUAGUGCCUCCCGUGCUGUCCAGCCACAUGAGGAAUCAAGAACGCGCAAAGAAGCAGACUACGUACCAAAGCGAUUAUGGGAAAACCUACCUGGAUUUCUUAGUGAUUUUAAACUCAUUUACUCCCUCUCAAAUCACAGAGUACCUUCAGAGUCUUUCCUACAAAGAAUCAAAGAAGAACAAGCUGACAGAGAGACCUAGGCUGUAUCCCACCCCCACCACUGGACAGCAGCAUGCCUGGACUUGUUCUACCUCAGUUUAUACACCUGCGACACUGAAGAGGUGCCCCAGGUGCACACCACGUGAGCAGAAGGUCUUUGAGGAGACGAGCCCUGUGCAUCCCGCGGCCGGGGAGGAGACCUGUAAGCCAGAGGGUUUAUGUGAGUUGGUGGGGAAACCCAUCAGGAGAUUCUUUUCUUCCCCCCCCACCUUUCUUUAAGUGAGAACAUUUAGGUUCUACUCUCUCAACAAAUUUCAAUUAGACAAUACAAUGUCAUCAACUGUCGUCACCACGGUUAUACGUUAGAUCCUCAGACCUUAUAACUGAAAGUUUGUAUCCUUUUACUAAGCUCUCCCUGUUUUCCCCACCUCCAUCUCCUGACAACCACUGCUGUCUCCUCUAUUUCUACGAGUUUGACUUUUUUUUUUUUUUUUUUGAUUCCACAUUUAAUUGGUACCAGGCAGUAUUUGUCUUUGUCUGGCUUAUUUCACAUAGCAUGAUGCUCUCCAGGUUCAUCUGUGUUAUUGCAAAAGACAGGAUUUCCUUUUUUGUUUCUUUUUUCCUUUUGGAGAAACAUCCAGAAGUGGGAUUGCUGGAUCAUACGAUAUUUUUAUUUUUAAUUUCUUGAGGAACCUCCAUACCGUUUUCCAUAGUGGUUGUGUCAGUUUAUAUUCCCACCAGUGGGGCACGAGGGUCCCUUUUCUUCGCAUCCUUGUCCACAUGUGUCAUCUCUUAUCUCUUUAUAAUAAGACAUCCUAACAGGUCUGAGGUGACGGGAAUCUUUAAAAUGCAGCCGAGAAGUCACAAAAAGUCCUUGGGACACCAGCUGAUCCGAGAAAGACAGACAGGAAAAUUAAGGUCACAGAAGUUACAUAAUUUGCCCGUGGGCAGAAAACCAGAGAGUGGCAGGUGGGCAGUUCCGUAGGGCAGUGGGGAGCUUCGAGCAGAGGGUGGCAUGAGGAAAGGGUCUGCAGGCAAGUGGAUCUGGGUUCGAGAAGAAUCAGGGAUGGGAGCUUCAAGAGUCAGGGAGACCCAGAAACCACCAGGUUGGGGGGGAUGGGAGCAGAGAAUAACAGGAUUGAAUGACUAGUUGGGUCGGUCAAGAGGACAGAUGGCCAGAAAGGGGGCACAAGAUGACUACCCUCCCGCGUUUGGGCAGCUGUUCAAACGGUGGUUCUGCUUCCAGGAAAGUGAGGAGAAGGAAGAAUUAAAAAGGUCUCAGACUCGGGGACCGGGCAGCUGGUUCAACGGUGGGGCCAUCCCAGGGAAAUGAGACUAGAACAGCUCUAGGCAUGCUGGGAUCCAGGAGCCAUAAGAUGGAAGCCAUCUCUCCAAAAGGAGAGACCCUGCAGCCCGGGAAGUGAAGGCUGCCCGGGAUUCUGGGAACAGUGGAACCCCCACCUCCACCUCCCAAACUUCAUGAAGGGCAUGCACCAAUGUCUCUGGCUCCAGGCUUUGCCUCUGGCUCUUCUCUCCCUUGUGCUCAAGUCUUCAGGCUUCCGAUCGCCCAAGAUCUGUCCCCCAAACCUGAUCCUUUUUUAUUAACGUGUGUGCAUUAGCGCCUCUGAAUUGCCGACCCUGAGCAUCACCAUUAGGUGCUUGGCUCCCUGGGCACGCGAUCAACAGUGACGCUGACAUUUCUGAGUGAGAACAAGACACUCUCCACACAGCCUUCCCUGCCUCCACUCACGCUGCAGUGACCACCGUGGGGCGGUGUCCCAGGCGGGUCCCUCCAGCGCUCCAGACCUCUACUUCUGAUCGUCUGGGAGAUCUCUCUUCCUGGCUAUCUCAACAGGAGCUUUGAUUCAGCAUGAUCUUGAGUGGCACGUCUUUUUCCUUUCGCCAUGGUUUUCUAAUAGCCUCUCCCCAUGUACCUCGUCCAAAACCCGGAGCCAUCCUUCACCCGCCCCACAACAAAGUCACGGAAGUCUGUUACUUCAGACAUACACCAUCAUCUCCACUCCCGCUACUGCUGUGGUUCAGGCCCUCUACAGUUUUCUGUGGACUCCUGCAAACACGUUCGGUCCCUUCUAAUCUUUCCUCUUGCUACAGAGAGAAGGGUCUUUCUAAAAUAUCUUGCUGGCAUUGGCUCUCCGUUGUUUGAGGAUGAAAUCUCCUUAGUGUGACAUACACGCUCCUUCAGGAUCUGACCCCCACUAAUUGUUUUGCCCUUGUAUCUUUCAUCUCCUUGCUCAACUGCGUGGAGCUCCCUGACGACAUCCGGCAUCCAGCUCGCUCUGGCCUCUGCACUGGCCUACUUGCUCUGGCUCUUCCUGGAAGGCACUGCCCUUCUGGUCCUCCUGGAACGAAUACUUCUCUCUCCAAUGGCUUCUCCUUUGGGAAGCACCUCCCCACCCGGACCCGUCCAGCCAGAGUUAAGUGCUUCCUCUCUGUUGUUAUAGUGCUCCCCCGCAACAUGGCAUUUAUUGCAGUGUUAAAAUCAUUGGCUCACCUGUCUGUAAUCUCUUUUGUCUUUAUAGCGCCAAGAUCUGACACAAUGUCCGGUAUAGGUCCUGCGCUCAACAAACGCUGGUCUCGGCAAGAGAAUGAAUGAAGAAAUGAACAGAGAGUUUCAGCGACGCUGUGCCACCCACACCCACCCUCAUUCUGAAGGGUCACUGCUUCCAGAGCUCAGGAGCUGGUAGACGAGCUGCAGGUUUGGGGAGGAUAGAUUCUGUUAAGCUGGAUAAUAAGUAGAUUGACAAUAAUGUUUAGAACCCAAAUGGAACCUAGAGAUUCCUUAGCCCACUUUCUCAUUUUAGGGGACAUGACUGGAUAAUGAUGGGCUGCUGGACAUCUUCUCUACCUCACCCAACCAGCCAUGGGCAAGAGGGUCGGGGGCCCUUGGUCCAUCUCAUGUAGGAUAGGAGGGGGCAGGACAAGCCUUAAUAACAAUAAUAACGCAAUAAUAAUAGCUAAUAUGAGCAGAGCACCAACUCUACGUCUUGCACUGCUCUAAACACUUGACAUACACUUUUCCAUCUCACGUUUACUUUUUACCCUGGGGGUUAGGUACUACGAUUAUGAUCAUUUCACAGUUGGGGAAAUUAAGCUUCGUAAGCCAUGUAGCUGUAUCUCUAAACGCUACCAUCCUUUAAAAAAAAAAAGGAUUGUACUUCUGCAAUGUUUCCAUAUCCUGGCCUACUCUCUUCCCUUUGCCCUCUUCCUGCAGAGGUCCAGUGCCCUCACUUCAGUUAUCCAAGGUACUUCAUUUAAAUGCCCAUGUUCCCAAAGCAUCCCUACUCCUUCUCCCCUCCACUACUCAUCCAAAUCCUACUCAACUCAGUUCGCCUCUGGCUCUCUUUCCCCUCCCCUCCUCAUAUCCGGGAAAAGCCUGGUUUGGCUGUUUGUGGUGUAAGACCCACCACUGUCAGGGAGGUUUUGUUCCAGGACAGACUCUAUGUCCUUUUGGUCACAUGAAAUAAAAUUCCAGGGCACCAAGAGUAAGAGACUCUACUCAGAGGUUUUCCCAGGCUCUGUAAAUUCAGUUUCUACAUCCAGCAUUCGAGUAAUAACAUCCAGGAUGCUCCGAAAGAUGCCCUCUUAAUCACUCAAUAAUCCUGAACCUUCAGGAGGACCCACAGUCUACCCUAUAGCUUACAGCUGAGCCUCUGAGCGGCAUAACCGGUCUACCUGUUUGUUCCUUUCCCGAGAGCCCAGAUUAUGAGCCCGAUAACCUGAAAUGAGAUUACAAACUUCUUUUGCCUGACUUGGCAGCCAAAGAGAUGCGUUUCUUCUGAGUCUCUAUAUUUCAAAAAAAUCCCACUGAGCAAGAAAUUUAGGCAAGGGACUAGCAAGUGUUACUCUCUCUGAGCACAAAUACAAAAGGGCACGUACCUAUGAAAAAGUCUAGGAUCUAUUAUUGCCUCUGUUUCUUUAAGACGGAAAUACUUACGUCGAAAAAGCAGCAAUCUCAGGCACCUUUGGGGAUUUUCCCGAGCAGCCCCCAUAACACUCUUGUAAAAUUAAUAGUAAUUAGGAUUAUUGCUUAAACAACUUGUCAUUUAUAUCUAAUUACCAUGCACUACAAUAAAAAUGAUGACAGAUUCA